GAGAGACAGAGAAAGAGGCCUUUUACCCGAGCGCGACCGCUAGGGUUCCUAGUCGCCGCCGGCCCGCCGCCGCUACUGCCGGCCUUCCGCCGCGGCGUGCCCAGCCGGCCGAAGCCUCCGCUGCCCCGCGGCCGGAACAGGAGCCCAGCAGCGCCUCCCUCUCCCGCCCAGCAACGCCGCCGCCCGGAGCUACGCCGGCGACCAGCCCAUAGGCAGGAGAUUAUGGAGUGUAAUUCUUCAGAUGUGCAAAUGUCACACUGUGCUGAGGGUUCCGAGACUACAAUAGAGAUCAAAAUCAAGACUUUGGAUUCCCAAACAUACAAUUUGCGCGUGAAUAAAUGUGUGCCAAUUCCUCUGCUAAAGGACAAAAUAGCUACCGUAACUGGAGUAUUGUCUGAACAACAACGUCUGAUUUGUCGUGGGAGAGUCUUGAAGGAUGAUGAACUUCUCUCUGCUUAUCAUGUUGAAGAUGGCCAUACAUUGCAUCUUGUUGUUAGACAACCAGGCCAGCCAGCUGCAUCAGGAAAUGCAGGAAAUGAAGCUAGUGUAUCAAAUUCAACUCGUCGUCAUGGUCGCACAGUUCGCAGUAUUGUGCUUGAGGCUGUAGAUUUGGACCAGGGGAGUGAAUUCUCUAGCAUAGCCCAGAUUCUCCAGAGCAUGUUGACCAGCCCACAAGUUCAGGGUGGAUCAGCACCUUCUGAUACCAGACCUUCAGAACCUAUGCAAUCUUCAUUCCCAAAUGAUGUCAGGGUCGAACUUGAUCAACAGCAGGCUUCUCUGCAUUUCCCUGAAGCGGCAGUUGGAUCAUCAAUGCCAAAUGUCAUCCCUGAUUCCGUGAGUACAAUUUCUCAGUACAUUAACUUUAUGAGGGACUCGUUUAGGAGGGAAGGCUUCAAUGGAAAUGCACAAACGGUGGGUAACAUUGACCCUGGAACUGCAGGAAGUGCUCAUGCUGGUGGUACACAAAGCCAGGAAAACCAGCCUGGUUCAACUUCUGCACAUCAUGUACUUCCUACUGCAGCAUUGCUAGCUGAAACCAUGCACUCUACUAGACAACUUCUUGUUGACCUGGCUGGAGAAUUGCUAUCUCAACUCUCGACGCAAUUGGGAGAUCUUGGGAAUGUAAGUGACUCCACAACACGGAGGAACCUUCAACAGAGUGCAAUGAGACAAGGUGUUCUCCUCCAGAGUCUUGGUUCAUUACUUCUAGAACUUGGUCGCACCACAAUGACGCUUCGUAUCAAUCCCGCACCUUCAGAAGCGGUUGUAAAUUCUGGACCGGCUGUUUUUAUAUCCCCAUCUGGGCCAAACCCUCUAAUGGUUCCUCCUGUUCCGUUUUUUCCAGGACCAAGAUCUGUCCAAAUGGGUCAGAUGUUUUCUAGUCUUGGUUCGCAAGGCUCUGUUCUGCACCCAAGAGAUGCUGAUAUCCACAUCCGUACAAGUGGGUCUGUGCCUGUAGCCAGUACUAACCCAAGUGAAUCGGUUGGGGCACAGCAAGCACAAGAACAUACAGAUAGAACUGGCAAUGCUUCACAUUCAAACGCUAGAGAAGCAUUUGCACGAGUUGCAGGUGGUGCUCCUUUUGCUGUUGGGUCUGGAGUUAGACUAUUGCCACUUAGGACAGUUGGUGCUGUGCCUGCUGGCAUCAGUCGCUCUCCAUUGGGUUCUUCUAGUGGAGGAGUUGGUGUUAUCAUUCCAAUGAUAACCAGAGUUCAUCAGAGAGUAAAUUCUAAUGGUAGCGGUGCACGAAAUGGUCAAACUCCAAAUGAACCUCAUAGUGACACCCAUGCUAAUCUGCAACCGAAUCCUCAGCCACCUCAAGCACAUGAAGCAGGUAAUCUGGGACAUCCUGUCGAGGUCAAUGUGGGGAACAGUUCUCAGGCUUCCCAUGGUCAGCAGAAUGGCCAGGGUCCUUUUUCUCAGUUGAUGGACAGUCUCCAGUGGAUUGGAUCACUGUUUUCUGGAGAAAAUCCCCCAGCAAACGGUACAAGUCAGCAUGCACCAGCGGCUUCUGCUGAGCCGGUAGAUGCUAGAAACCAUGCAGUACCUGAAGCGUCAGUGGCCAGCGACGAGGGGAUACGCUUUGCUAACUUGGUCAGGCAAAUUAUGCCACAUAUCUCCCAGGUUGAAAACCAGUCUCAAAGCACCCCAGCAGACACCAGCAGUACUCCUUCACAGGCUGCCGUGCCUGAGAGCACAAACGGUUCAAGGGAUGGGCCAAGUGAUUCCAGGAAUUCACGUCAACAUAGCCGUGACCCAGUUGAAGGCCCUAAUUCUAAAAGGCAAAGGAGGUAUUGCACGUCUCGCACAUGUGUUAUCUAUUUUCUUAUGAAUGAGUGAGUGAUUCAGGUGGGCUUGUUAUUGUUGGGUGGGCGCUGCUUUUGCAGUCUGAGCUGAGAAAAUUUUCCAGUUGCUGCUACACCAGAGAAUUCAUGAUGAUGAUACCGUGAGUGAUAAUCUUAUUGAGACAAGUGGAAUUGUUUCGAGUGUAUAGUCGAGCCUUGGGAUGUUAGGCGGUUCAUAACCUGUGCUAUUCCUUCUUUGCACAGCAGUUCCUGUAAUCCUUUUUACUUUUUUGAUGAGAGCAUAAGAUGUUUUGCAAACUGGUAUCCAUCUCCAAUAUGUGGAAGUCAAUUAUAUUUUGGGGUGGAAAUAUCCGCGCGAUCAAUAAAGCCUGGCUUGGUCCUUGCUGCA